GAAUGGUUCUACAAACCGCUUUUAUUUCGAAUAUUUCUUGCAGCCGUCGGCGCCCCAGCGUUUCCGGUUUUUGGCUUUAAAAUUCUUUUCGGCUAGUGGCGUGUCCGGAAAGUUUUCCAAGCGGAUAAAGUGCAAAACAAAACUAUUUGUCAGGUCAUCAGCCAGGUUAGGCGGCACGUGGCCAGUCAAGGACCUAGGCCCACCCACGCCCACAGCCAUAUAUAUAUAUAUAUAUAUCCCGGAGGAUCGGAGCCAUGUCGGCCACUGCUGGAGCGAGCAGCUGGUCGGGAAGCAGCGGGGGCAGCAACUCCUCCCAAGGACGAUCCAUUGCAACCGCCCAGCCGGCACAGGAGGAGCGCCUUGUGGUUGCAGUUCGGGUACGACCCAGUUUAGAUGGCACAGAACGUUGCAUUGAGGUCGUGUCCGGAGGAUCCCUUCUGUACGACGACGGCGGCAAGAGUCGACCGCGGCAGUACUCGUACGAUCAUGUUUUUCGGGAGCACGACAGCCAGGAGCAGGUGUACAAGACCACCACUGCUCCGCUGGUUAGGGAUGUCCUGAACGGCUUGAAUGCGGCCGUGUUCGCCUACGGAGCCACGGGUUCCGGCAAGACGCACACCAUGCUGGGGCCUGUGCCGCGCAAGAAACUGCAGACCGGCGACCGGGCCACGGCCACCGCCCCCUGUGAUUCCACGGACGUGAGCAGCCAGGACAUUGGACUAAUGGUGCGUGCCAUAGAGGACAUUUUCAGUCACAUCGAGUCGGCGGAGGCGGACUCCUGCCGGGUGUCCAUAUCCUAUCUGGAGAUAUACAAUGAGCUGAUCCGCGAUCUCCUCAAUCCCGGCGGACCCUUGGAGCUGCGCGAGGAUCAUCGUGGCCAGCGCAUCACGGUAGCGGGUCUCUCGGAGAUAACCACUUCAAGCAGAAAGGAGGUAGUGAGUUUGUUGCUCAAGGGCAACAAAGCCAGGACCAUGGAGCCAACGGCCGCCAACCAGACCUCCUCGCGCAGCCACGCCCUCUUGAGCAUCAUGGUCCAGGCCCGGACGCCGCUGGGCACCAAGCAGGGCCGGCUCUUCCUCACCGAUCUAGCUGGAUCGGAGCGGGCCAAGAAGACCAAGAAUCGAGGGAAACGACUGCAGGAGGGGGCGCACAUAAAUCGCAGCCUGUUGGCAUUGGGUAACGUGAUCAACGGGCUGUCCGGCGGGGCGAGAUAUGUAAACUACCGGGACUCCAAGCUAACCAGGCUGCUCAAGGAGGCACUGAGCGGUCGCUGCAAGACCGUAAUGAUUGCCCACGUCGCCCCGGAAAGUAAGCACCGCGACGAGACCAAGAACACCCUGGUGUACGCGGAUCGGGCCAACAGCAUCACCACCAAGCUGCAGAACUCCGUCUACAUCGAUGAGUUCAAGGACUUCCCCACCAAACACUAUCAAAGCCUCGUCUCGGAGUUGCGCGACGAGGUUUCGCGUCUGCGCACCAAGAUGCUAACCGAAAGGCCCCGAAGUGGAGCAGCUGCAGCAGCGGCGGCCGCAGCAGCCUCUGGAUCGGCAGUUGCUACUGGGUCUGGAGCUGGACCGGAGGUUGUCCAGGAACACGACGAGCAGCGGAGGACGGAACUGCGAUACCUCCGCGAACAGAUCGUCCUCACCUUCAAGCAGCAGAUGAAGCUGCGCCGGAAGCUCCUCGAGGCCGAGAGUCAUCUCUUGGGACUGGAACUGGAUGCCGAGCGGCAGCACAUGAUCAUCUCCCACUGGCAAGGACGCAUUGGAAAGCUGUAUGACGCUAUGGGCGAGGAUGACAUUGAAUCAGAGGGAUCGGUGGCCCUGAAGAAUGCCUGGGGUGAGUUGGCAGCAAUCGAGAAGGAAACACGGCGCUCCAAGGAAAUUCGUGAGCGGACGGAGCACGAGUUGGAGCAGUGUCGUCAGAAGGGGGUCAAGCUGGAGGAUGAGCUGCCAGAGCGCAUCAGCAGCGAUGAGGAGCGCGAACUGCUGGCCCUGCUCUGCCGCGUCCACGAGUUGGAGGCGGACAAGGUCUCCCUGCAGGCGGAGCGACUGGCCCGCCAGGCGGAACUGCGCCGGCGUGACCUCCAGCUGCUGCGAGCGGAGCGGCAGCGGCGCCUCUGCGAGGACAUCAUCAGCUCCCAGAGGCGGCUCAUCGAAGAGGGCAACGUGGAUCUGCCGGACGAGUUACGGGAGCUCUAUGGUCUCUACCAGCAGGAGAUCCAUGCGGGCGUGGUCACACCCAGCACCAGCAACUACGAGAGGAAGCUACCGCCCAUCUACACAGCAGGAUCGGACUCACCCGGCUCCAGUUCCAGUUCAGAGUGGUCGCCGGCUUCACCCCUGCCGCAAAUCGAUAACCAGAUGGAUCCUGUCGACCGCGUCAUGGGUCCGCCCGUCAAUCCUCGUCUGCCCCGACUUUCCACAGCCUCGAAUGGGAAUAUUUCGGUCGGAGGACCACGUCGACCUUCGCUGCGGGUGGCCAGGAAUUCCCAUCCGCAUCAACAUCCGUAGGAUCGGGGACAGCGGACGGAGGGGAGCUGCUCAGGAAUAGAUGUUACUAAGGGUUAGGAUUUUAGGAACUGGAAACGAUUGUCUGCUCAAAUUACUUGCUGUAUUAUAAAUAACUAUCACACGCACUUAAAUAUGUC